AAUAUUAUGCACAACUUUUAAGGCCAUGUGGUGUAGUGCCAGAGAGUCUAUUCCUCCGUUCUCUGUAAAUUUCUUUUGUAGCCGAAUGUGUAUUUUCUUGAAAGCUGCUUGUGCGUUCAACCUGUACUGGGUGCGAAUCAUUGUGUAAAAUACUCUAGGGCCAUAGCUAUUUUGAAGUUUAAAAGCUCAAAUGUUGGAUCUAAGUUUUCUUGUAUAUUUAUUUUCCUUACCUGUUGUAACUUCACUGUGGUUCAUGGAGUGAAAUACUCUUAAGGCCAUGUUUACAAAUCUACAUUAUUUGUCCUUGUGUCAAAACUUUUUCUCAACUGCAACGCCACGCCCAUCCAUGGCGAUCUUUUAUUUUAAAAUGUUCUUCCUGUAUAGGGCCAUGUGCAGAUCUUAUUCCUUGAAACAUGUAACGGUCAUGAAACUAUAAUCAGAAAGAUGGUUUCAACGAUUCCACGAUUAUUUUGCGACAUGCAAUAGUCUCUCAUCCUUAAGCUUGUCGAAAUGGGUCUUAUAGACAUAGAUUUUGUAUUGAGUGCGAAUCAUUGUGUAAAAUACUCUAGGGCCAUGGCUAUUUUAAAGUUUUGAAAAGCUCAAAUGUUGGAUCUAAGUUUUCUUGUAUGGAUUUCCUCACCUGUUGUAACUUCACUGUGGUUCAUGGAGUGAGAUACUCUUAAGGCCAUGUUUACAAAUCUACAUUAUUUGUCCUUGUGGUCAAAACUUUUUCUCAACUGAAACGCCACGCCCAUCCAUCUUUUUAGUAUAAAAUGUACUUCCUAUAUAGGGCCAUGUGCAGAUCUUACAGAUCCCUUGAAACAUGUAACGGUCAUGAAACUAUAUAAUCAGAAAGAUGGUUUCAACGAUUCCACGAUUAUUUUGCGACAUGCAAUAGCCUCUCAACCUUAGGCUUGUCGAAAUGGGUCUUAUGGACAUAGAUUUUUUGUUUGUGAUUUUUCUUCCUUAGAAUAUCCGAUUUGUAAAGAUCGAUAGUUGCCUUUUUGUGUUAUAUAUGACCACUGUGUCAAUUUUGUUUAAUGUAAAUCAGGUGUGACGACACCUGUUACGUAUCGGAUAACACCUUUAAACGCUCUGUAAAGUGUAAAGCCUGAAUUUAUUGGGUGAAACAAUUCGCAUGUUUUCUUAUUUUUUGAACAACCUCAAUUCCAAUGGAGGUUUUGAUCGCUGGUAUACCUUUUAAUUCUGAUAAGUCCGAUCACAGCUGGUCGGCAAUCAUCAAUGUGAAACUUGUUUCCCUUUGAACCGCGCCAAGUUGCGCGUCAGUGGAUGCGCGUUGCUUUGCGCAAACUGGAAUAUCAUCUUGGCGACCAGUGGACCAAAUUAUCUAUUAAAGGUAGCUAAGUUUUCUUUCUCAACGGUUAAAUCCAUUACAGUGGUCAGGUAAGGACCACUAAUUGGAUUAUCUUCACCGUCUGUAUGUUAGAUACUUGGCACCCAGUUAGGCCUAGAUAAUAGCGCACGUUUCCCUUUUUCUAUCUUUAUAGGCUAAAUUAUCUAUUAAAAAAUAAACUAAAUUUUCUUUCUCAACGGUUAAAUCCAUUACAGUGGUCAGGUAAGGGCCACUUAUUGGAUUAUCCAAGUUCACCGUCUGUAUGUAAGAUAACUGGCACCCAGUUAGGCCUAGAUAUGUAGCGUGCGUUUCCCUUUUUCUAUGAUGGCAUCUUUACAGUGGUCAGGUAAGGACCAUUAAUUUACGUUUUCCUUCUCUUUUUACCACAGCACCGGUCACAAAUUUGAUCAGGAAACCACUGUACAUUGUAGUAACAAACCUAGCUCCGCUAGGAAGAUUCUUUUAUUUUCAGCAACUUACAAUUAUAGAUUAGGAGGACCAGUAAGCCAGGGUGCUCAUGUCAGGAGCUGAUGACACGGAGGAACCGGAAGCAGGGAGGAGGAACAACGGAUGCCGGACGACCCUGCCUGUCGGGCAACCCAUUACUGAUUUCCCAGAGAUGGACGGCUGCAGGAUGAGAUGUCAUUCUGGACGAAGAUACGAUCACUUUUGAAUCCCAAGGAACCGGAAGCAGGGAGGAGGACCGACGGAAGGACUGAUGACCUGCUUGCAGAGCAAGUCUUCACCAAUUCUUAAGAUGCCUCUUAGUGCUUCAACGGUGAGCAGCAAAGACGAUGACGAUAUACGUGAUUUUUAUGAGGCCCAAAAUUACCAGGAGGAAUGUACAUCAUUGGAUCAGGCAGUGCAACAAAUCAACGACCAAGCACAGUUGACGACAUUUGGAGGUAACGUCAAUUGCAGCCGGAAUGCGGAUUGUACUGGGUUGAGUUGCAUGCUGACUUUGCAGGGUGAGAGAACCGAGCUGAGGAUCAAGCUGCAUCCCUGCGACGAUCCUCCGCAGAUGUACCUGCUGAUCCAGGACCCAGACACCAACUUGCCUUACGUCGAGCAAACGGUGACCCACGGAGACACCUACGAUAUCCCAGGUUUACACUUCACCUACAUGGACUUUCUGACUGUGAGUGUAGCCAUUGGUGUACAGUUUGAACAAGUCUCUGGAGGAUUCCGAAUAGGGUUGAAUCUGAUACCUCGUCUUGGUGACACCGAUCUUACUGCGAUCCCGCUUCUGACACCAAUAGACAUUGCCACACCACCUUGCACCACUCAGGGACCAGAAAGCUUGCAGUGCAUACGGAUGAGAGAACUUGUAGAAGGACUGCGGCCACCUUAUGAUUUCCAGUGCCUGAGGAACAACGAUUGUAGGGGCUUCAGCUGCAGCGGAGUAGUCCAGAUUGAUCCAGUUUCUUUUCCAGUCUCGGCAAAUUCAGUCUUGGACAGUUGUACGGUGCCCAUCUCCUACAACAUCACCCUGCGGGACGGGACCGGCCGAUUUCUUUGGUCCCACUCUUUCAUCCAUUCCGAAGAGGUCAUUAUCCAAGGGGAUAGUAUUAGGCUACCUCCAGGGGUUGUAGUCAAGAUGAACGUAACCAUGGAUCCGGUGACAGAAGACAUUGAUUACUUGCUGACCACGAUCCGACUGAAGGUUUACUGUGGUGAUUCACAGUGUGGAGAUGAGACUUUUCUACAGAAUGACCGUGUUCCCAUCCCACCAUGCGAUCACCCGAUGCCAACCUCCACCCGCGGGCCCACCGUAUCCUUGACCCCGAUACCGGGUGCAGAUGAUGAGUGUUCAACCUUUCAGGCCAUUGCCACUGACAUCAUGAAGAAUGAAUUCUUUGUAAAUUACAAUAUGGAGUGCCAAGCCAAUCGUCCAGACAGUGGCCCGUGUGAUGGUUUGACAUGCAACAUGACUUCCAAUGGCAAUGAUUUUGUCUAUAAGAUGAAGUUGUUUCAAUGUGAGACACCAGUUCGUCUUCUGUUCACCGUUGAUAAUCGGGAAGAAGCCCGCAACUAUCACUUGGCCAGAAACGUUUCCGGCAACGACAUUGUUCCUCUUGAUGGUGUUCAGCGGGGCUUAAAGAUCAAGAUAGUUGUGGUCAAACGGAUGAAUGGUGCCAUCGAGCUAGCUUUGACCCUUCAGUAUCCCAUAUCUUCAGGGCUGCCACCCGUUCCCCUUGUUCAAGAUCGCCUCGUGCCUGUUGCACCUUGCACCACCACCAUGCCUGGGCCAACAGAUUCAGCCAACAAUCCCACAAAAGUCACCAAGCCAGCUGGAGUAACUGAUUCAACUCCUUACAAAUUCACAACUGGCUCCGCAAAAGUGACUAAACCAGGAGCUAAUGGUUCUGGUGGUGGUGGUGGUGGAAAGGGAGGCAAGUCAGGCAGCGCUACGUCAAAUAAAGCAGCCAUGAUUGCCAUCCCUGUGGUUGUCGUGGCAAUCGUUGUGGUCGCUGUCGUCAUCUUGGCUGCAGUAUGGUAUCGUCGCCGUUCCCGUCGUCCCAAUGAUCACAUUAACUUGAUCGAGAACACAACUGCACCAAUGUAAAUCACCCCCUAGCCAUCCCCCCAACCCUUCCUCCCAGAACAGCAGGUAAGCAUAGUUGCUUACACGUCAGUGCCUUUUGGUGUGAAAUUGUCAAGAGAACCGUACCAAAAAUAACUGAACCAUCCAUGUGCCGUUUUGUGUCUGUCAGUUAAGUACGUACAAACUAUCACUUCUGAAUUUAUCAUAAUUGUGAUUUUUAUCUCUUAAAAAAAUGGAUAAAUAUUUCAUUCACUUGCUGUUGUCAGUUGAAAAUAGAGGGAUAUAAUUGCUCAAAAACCAUGAUAAAAUUCAAAAUUUAAUAUGAAGUGGAUGACCCU